UCAUAUAUAAGCACGCGCAGACGGCCGCUCGGGUCCUCCGCACUGAUGUAACGGCCGGUCCGUGUGGAUUCUCAGACCAGCGGUGUUUUAUUUUCCUUUCUUCAGCGUUACCGAUAAAAUGUCAGAUUUCGAGGAGUUUGAGAAGCAGCUGAGUGAGAAUCGACAAGAGCGGGAAAGAGAGCGGCACAAAAAGCGGAGCCGGAGCGGAUCUCCGGGCCGCGGCGACAAGCACCGCAGCUGGAGCAAAGACCGAGGGAGCCGCAGCCGGGAGAAGAGGAGCCGCAGCCGGGACCGGAAGAGCCGGGACCGCCGCAGCUCCUCCCGGGAGCACAAGAAGCACAGCCAUUCACCGCGGCGGACGAGAAAGAAAAAGGCUUGUAAAUACUGGGACGUUCCUCCUCCAGGCUUUGAACACAUCACACCAAUGCAAUACAAAGCUAUGCAAGCGGCAGGUCAGAUUCCAACAAUAGCUCUGCUGGCGACAGCCGCCACCACAGGAGUGGUAGCAGCACCGGCUCAGGUGCCCAUGGUCGGCAGUCAGAUGACGAGACAAGCCAGACGGCUGUAUGUAGGAAAUAUCCCCUUUGGCGUAACCGAGGAGUCGAUGGCGGAGUUCUUCAACGCCCAGAUGCGACUCGCAGGCCUCUCGCAGGCGCCGAGCAACCCUGUCCUGGCCGUCCAGAUCAAUCAGGACAAAAACUUCGCUUUCCUGGAGUUCCGAUCUGUGGACGAGACGACGCAGGCCAUGGCGUUUGACGGCAUCAUCUUCCAGGGUCAGUCGCUGAAGAUCAGGCGGCCUCACGAUUAUCGUCCCUUACCUGGAAUCUCAGAGCAGCCGGCUUUCCACGUUCCAGGCGUCGUCUCCACAGUCGUUCCUGACUCACCUCAUAAACUAUUCAUUGGAGGCCUGCCUAAUUACCUAAACGACGACCAGGUGAAGGAGCUCCUGACGUCGUUCGGCCCGCUCAAAGCCUUCAACCUGGUGAAAGACAGCGCCACGUCGCUGUCAAAAGGUUACGCCUUCUGUGAAUACGUGGACAUCGGCGCCACCGAUCAGGCUGUGGCCGGGCUCAACGGGAUGCAGCUGGGCGACAAAAAGCUCAUCGUCCAGAGGGCCAGCGUGGGAGCCAAAAACGCAAAUCCUACCUCCAUCAUAGAGACGCCGGUGACGCUGCAGGUGCCCGGGCUGCAGAGGCUGCAGAACUCCGGCAUGCCCACAGAAGUGCUGUGCCUUCUCAACAUGGUGAUGCCAGAGGAGCUGGUGGACGACGAGGACUACGAGGAGAUCCUGGAGGACAUCCGGGAGGAGUGCUGCAAGUACGGCAGCGUCCGCUCCAUCGAGAUUCCCCGACCCGUCGACGGCGUGGAGGUCCCCGGCUGUGGCAAGAUAUUUGUUGAGUACGUUUCUCCCUCAGACUGCCAGAAAGCCAUGCAGGCUCUGACCGGCCGCAAGUUUGCUAACCGAGUGGUGGUGACCAAGUACUACGACCCGGACAUGUACCACAGACACGAGUUCUGAUCGGGCAGACGGGUCCCUCCACCGGGCCGCCGCUCUGCUCCUCUGAAUGUUGUGAACGUGUCGUUUAUAGAGACAAAACCUGGAAAGCUGUCGUCAUCAGUGGGGAUUUUACUCGUCAGCCUCGUCCCAAAACUCUGAAGUCAUUCACAACUCGAGAUGAAGAAUUGUGUGACGUUCCUGCGAAGUUCGGGAAAAUCUGGAGUUAGAUUUAGGGACUUUUCCAGCUCUGGAUAAGUGUGAGAAAACAAAAAUGGAAGGUCUGGAAAAAUAAUAUUUCCAGACUUUCUUCCAUCCAACCAUCCUACUUUCAGUUCUUCCUUCCUUCCUUCCCUUCGUGCUUCAUCCUUUUCUCCCUCCUGGCUCGGACUUUCCCAGGUUCCAUAUCUAAAGCCCGACCGCUCUAGAGAUAUCUGCCAUAAACAAAUGGUUUAUUUUUUGUAUUUAUACUGUAAAUCUGGACAAACAUGAUGGAGGAGUCUGAAUGAUGCCAUGAGAAUGUGUGGAGAUCCUGAGUGUGAUGUUUGCUGUGCAAUGAGUCUAACGCGUCUUUUACCUGAACUAAAACUGCCUGAGAGUCGCUGGCUGCUGGGAAUGCACUACAUGAGAGUAAAACAAACAUGGCUGCUGUUUAGAUUGUCCUCCUGAGCACAAACGUUUAUUUAAUCUAUACAAUUAAGAGCCCUUAAUGAAGGGUGGCUACAAGAGAAAUGUUUAUUUUAUUUAUUUAUUGUCCAACACUAAUUAUUUCCUGCUGAUGCGCCUCAUAUUAUCGUCCCUUAAAACAUUUACAGGUUUGCUGCUUGGUCCGACCAGACACUGGAUGUUGUCAGGCAGCUUUAAAGGGAUUUAUGUAAAUAUAAAAUGUUACUUUGGAAAAUGAAAGCACACAAUCGACUAGUGAGGCGAGCUUCAAGCUUCUCCAGCUACCAAAAGGGAAACUUUACCAUUUGUUAAAGCUUUUUUCCUGGGUAAUUAGAGGUGGGAGAAUGUUUAUGGAUAUUUUAAUCAAAAGUAUAUUAAAGACUAUAAAAAUCUAUGAAAGCCAAUGUCAUAAGUUUGUAGGGCUGGGCGAUAUGGCUUAUAAAUAAUAUACCAACUUUACCGAAUCCAGUCAAUUGAUUUUUUUUUUCCAUCCUCCUUUUUGUUUUACAAAAAGAAAUGGAUAAAAAAUAUUUUUAAAAACUGGCUUUUAUGUAAAGCAUUUCGUCAAAUACAAGCUGUAAAACAAGCUUGUAAAGCAAGAUGGCCGCCCAGUCAUUGUAAACAAUGAAAAUCUAAGUAAAUGUUAGCUGCUGGUGGUUUUACACAAUGAGUUAAGAACAGGUUUCACUUCACUUGUGUUACUUUAAACUAACUUUAAAAAUCGUAUUAUGUUAAAAAAGUUUCCUCUUUACAAU